AUGCGUUCCGCCUUCGCCAUUGCGGCCUUUGCCGCCGGUGCCAUCGCCGUGCCCUUCGCCGACAACAAGCGCGAUCUCGAGUACGUCAACGAGGUCGCCUACGUGACCAACGUCGUCACCGUCACCGCCUACGGUCCCGCCCCAACUGAGCCCGCCACCAAGGCUCCCCACUACGGCCACCAGUCAAGCAAGGCCGUCUCCCACGCCCCAGUGAACACUGUGCCAGCAUACCAGGCGCCCAAGCCAGUCUACUCUGCUCCGGCACCUGUCUACUCUGCACCAGCCCCUGCCCCAGUCUCCAGCUCGCCAUCUUCCGACGGCGGAGCGCCAUCCGGCUACAACGACGCGGUUGUCAUGGCACACAACCUCCACCGCGCCAACCACUCUGCCCCUGCCGUUGCGUGGGACAAGGAUCUCUACGAUUGCGCCAAGACCGUUGCCGAGUCCUGCGACUACAAGCACGAUGUGACUGCCGGAGGUGGUGGUUACGGCCAGAACAUUGCCGCUGGUGUCGCCCAGGAGAACAUCACUGCUGUCAUCAGCGACAUGUUCUACAACGGAGAAGAACCUCUCUACGCUGCUUUCUACGGAUCUGAGCCCGAUAUGAGCAACUUCGAGGCUUGGGGCCACUUCACUCAAAUUGUCUGGAAGGAUACCACCCACGUUGCCUGCUACACUCAGCACUGCCCGAACGGCCUUGCGAACACCGGUAACGGUGUCUCCCCAUACUUCACUGUCUGCAACUACAAGGGCCCAGGUAACUAUGCCGGUGAAUACGCCGCAAACGUGCUUGCACCAAAGGGCGAGGCAACCGUGGAUUGGAGUGCUUCGGCUUACGUUUAG